CGGACGCUAAAUGCGUCGCGUUAAAUACGCUGCGCUAUUUUUAAUUUUGGAUGGCAAUGCAAGUCAAUUUGAGCGACUAUACGAGCGCAGUCUACGCGGCACGCUGCCCUCCAACUCGGCGUCGACGCAUUUUUACGCGACCAGCCCUGGAAAAACGUUAGCAGCGCGACGUAGAUAGCGCUGCGCAACGCUAGGGCCGGACUAUACGGACGCUAGAUGCGUGGCCCGCAGUCGCAGUCUUGAGUGAGUAGUUAUUGUGCUUCUGUGUGAGAGUCAUCAACAUGUUUGAUACUGAGAAGUUCAUCUUAGAAGUAGAGAAGCGACCUCCACUUUAUGACGUCCAGUCAAAAGAAUAUUCAAACAGAAAUGUUAAAGCUCAGUGCUGGAUGGAGGUAGGAGCAGCUGUGCACGACAACUGGGAGGAAAUGACUCCCCAAAUGAAGGACGAAGCAGGCAAAGAUAUGAUGAAAAAAUGGAAGACUUUGCGUGACAAUUUCGUUCGGGAACUACGUAUUUUAAAGAAAAAUGAGACUGGAGCUCCAGCAACAAAAAAAAAGAAAUACAUUUUCUUUGACCAACUGUCUUUUUUGACACCUUACAUGAAGCCCAAUGACAAGAACGUAUCAAAUAUUCCACCCCUUGAACACAUUAUAUCUGAACAAGAAGCAGUAGAAACAGUAGAAACAACUAAUGCAGAUGACAAUGACCGUGCUGACAGCGUUUCAAAUUCGUCACUAGUUGAACGUCAGAAGAGACAAGAACGUGUGUCAAAAAGAACUAAUAUUGAGAGAACUUUGACAUCAGCUUCAAAAAACAUUACAUCAUUGAUGCAAGAAAGCAUCGCCAUUCAAAGAGCGAACACUUCCUCAGCUAACAGCUCAGAUAAAUCUGGGAACAAGGCAUUUUUAAUAUCCUUUCUUCCUGUUAUGGACAGCCUACCACCACUUGCUGCCUUUGAUGUUAGGAUGCAACUAACUGAAGUGUUCCGAAAUGCUAUUAUGAACCAAACACGAGUUCAGGAACCAGUGCCAGUGCGUACCCAAAUGAUGGACUACACAUCUGCGUCACCAUUAAUGUUCUCGGGCCUAAAUUCACCAUACACAACUCCGACUCCGACCACACCAUCAAUAAUCGGUGACUAUGACGAAAACACCGAAUGCUCUAAUGCCACUUCCAGUGACAACACUCAAAACCAACCAUUUAACAUAUCAGAAUUUGUACAUUUUUCCGUGAACCCGGGAAUUGAACCAUCUUCUAGUAAGAAGAAGUAGUAAGAAGUAGUAUUCCGAUUAACUGUGGAAUAAUGACAAUUUUGUAAUUAACUUCCCAGUGUGUUUGUGCAGAACUGAAACUUCUUGGUCAUACAAUUCUUUACUUACUUAAUAGUAGUUCAUAUUUUGUAAUAUGUGGUUAGUUUACUAUUGUUUGUAGGUUAUCUGUUUACAAAAGACUAACCUAAUAUAACUAUUGGAAAAUGUUAUAGGCUUACAUUGUUCCUUCAUUACAAAUAUAUAGAAAAAGGUUGUAUUUUAUAACUCGGUCAAAAUUGGUCUGCUAACUUUCAGAGCAAUUUGAGGUAAAUGAAAUUUAAUGUUGUUCCGUAAUCAAUACAUAAAAAUCAGUUACAUUAAGUUUACCAAAAUAUGUUAACCUAGUGAUUAUAAUGUAUCACAAAAUGAUUACAACGUACCUAUUGUGUUUGUAAGUGUCUGACUGCAAUUUAAACUGAACGAGGCUCUUAUUUGUAUUUUUUAUCAAUAUCCGAUGUUACAUAUUGUACACCUGAUAGAAAUAUUUAUAAUACUAUGUUAAAAGAAUCAUUAAACUAAAACUAAUACAUAUUCCAGAA